AUGAAGCUCUGGACGCCACUUUUCUUGCUCCUCUCGGUGGUGUCUGGCGUCCUAUCUACGAGCUCGACACCGGACAAAUUCGCAAAAUAUCACUCCUUGUCUCGUUCAGGACCUGUUGAUUUGGACAGCUCCUCAUAUGAGGAUCUCAUCUCCACACCUCGUGAUUACUAUGCCGUGGUCAUUUUGACUGCCACCGAUGUGCGCUUUGGGUGCCUUCUAUGCCGCGACUUCGAAUCUGAAUGGGACCUGAUCGCCCGCAGUUGGAACAAGGGCACCAAGCCCGAGGAACUCAAGGUGGUCUUUGGAACACUUGACUUUGACAAUGGCAAGGCUGUUUUCCAGAAGCUGAUGCUCCAAACUGCACCGGUGCUCCUUAUAUUCCCUCCCACCAUCGGUCCCUUAGCCAAGGUUGAAGGGGACCCCAUCCGGUUUGAUUUUACUGGCCCAAUCUCAGCCGACCAGGUCUAUUCUUGGAUUGGACGUCACCUGCCCGAAGGCCCCAAGCCGCAAUUGGUCCGGCCCAUCAACUACAUGCGGAUCAUAUCAGCAAUCGUCAUUUUGAUGGCUGUUGUGACCGCAUUUGCAGUGCUUUCACCCUACGUGCUGCCAAUUGUCCAGAGCCGAACCCUCUGGGCUGCAAUUAGCCUAAUUGCCAUUCUUCUGUUUACAAGUGGUCAAAUGUUCAAUCACAUUCGGAAGGUCCCAUACGUUACCAGUGAUGGUCGAGGUGGCAUAAGCUACUUUGCGGGUGGGUUCCAGAACCAGUUCGGAUUGGAGACUCAAAUUGUGGCUGCUAUCUACGCUGUCCUAUCUUUCGCCACAAUUGUACUCGCACUGAAAGUUCCCCGGAUGGAGGAUGUCAAAGGUCAACAGCUGGCUGUCGUGAUCUGGGCAACCGUUCUUUUCGUGACGUACGGUUUCCUUCUCAGUGUCUUCAAGGCUAAGAAUGGUGGCUAUCCAUUCUAUCUGCCACCAUUUUAG